GCGCCGACCAAUGAGGUGCCGAGGCGAGGUUAUAUAAAGGGGCCGCACCCGCUUUCCCGGCACAGUCAGUUUGAAGAAGCAUCCUAACCGCUUCGACGAACGGCAACCUUUGUCGUGAACACCCUCUCCCUCUUCUUUUAAAUUAAUCUCAACUCCUUCUCAAAAUGCGUGAGUGCAUCUCCGUUCAUGUGGGCCAGGCUGGCGUCCAGAUCGGUAACGCCUGCUGGGAGCUUUACUGCCUGGAACAUGGUAUUCAGCCUGACGGGCAGAUGCCAUCAGACAAGACAAUUGGAGGAGGCGAUGAUUCGUUUAACACAUUCUUCAGCGAAACGGGCGCUGGCAAACACGUCCCCAGGGCUGUCUUUGUUGACCUGGAACCCACUGUAGUUGAUGAGGUCCGCACUGGUACCUACCGCCAGCUCUUCCACCCUGAGCAGCUUAUCACCGGCAAGGAGGAUGCUGCUAACAACUAUGCUCGUGGUCACUACACCAUUGGCAAGGAAAUUGUCGACCUUGUAUUGGACCGCAUCCGCAAGUUGGCUGACCAGUGCACAGGUCUUCAAGGCUUCCUGAUCUUCCACUCUUUCGGUGGGGGCACUGGCUCCGGCUUCACCUCCCUCCUCAUGGAGCGUCUUUCUGUGGACUACGGCAAGAAGUCCAAACUCGAAUUCGCCAUCUACCCUGCACCCCAGGUUUCGACCGCCGUUGUUGAGCCCUACAACAGCAUCCUGACCACUCACACCACCCUGGAGCACUCUGACUGCGCCUUCAUGGUUGACAACGAAGCUAUCUAUGACAUCUGCCGCCGUAACUUGGACAUUGAGCGCCCUACCUACACCAACCUCAACCGUCUUAUUGGACAGAUUGUGUCUUCCAUCACGGCUUCCCUCCGCUUUGAUGGUGCCCUCAAUGUGGAUCUUACAGAGUUCCAGACCAACUUGGUGCCCUACCCACGUAUCCACUUCCCUCUGGUUACUUAUGCCCCUGUCAUCUCAGCUGAGAAGGCCUACCAUGAGCAGCUCUCUGUUGCUGAAAUUACCAACGCCUGCUUUGAGCCUGCCAACCAGAUGGUGAAGUGUGACCCUCGUCACGGAAAGUACAUGGCCUGCUGCAUGUUGUACCGUGGUGAUGUUGUGCCCAAGGAUGUCAAUGCUGCCAUUGCCACCAUCAAGACCAAGCGUACAAUCCAGUUUGUUGACUGGUGCCCUACUGGUUUCAAGGUUGGCAUCAACUACCAGCCCCCAACUGUUGUCCCAGGUGGAGACCUUGCUAAGGUACAGCGUGCUGUGUGCAUGUUGUCCAACACCACAGCUAUUGCUGAGGCGUGGGCUCGUCUGGAUCACAAAUUUGAUCUGAUGUAUGCAAAGCGUGCAUUUGUUCACUGGUACGUUGGUGAGGGAAUGGAAGAAGGAGAAUUCUCCGAAGCCCGUGAGGACUUGGCUGCCCUUGAAAAAGAUUACGAAGAGGUCGGCAUGGACUCCGUUGAGGGAGAGGGUGAGGGCGCUGAGGAAUACUAAACAUUCCAUCACAGGCCUCCUGGUGCAUGUUUCAAGUUUUAUCUCUGACGCAAGCUGCCAAUUCAUGUGCCAGUAUUUCAAAGCUUCAAGGACUGUUGAAUAAAUUAUUUGACUGAAGUAAA